ACCCAGCCCAGAACAAGCCACGCAGAGGAAGAAGCAGUGGCCAGGAAAAACUCCCGAGAAGGAACCUAGGAAGAAAUCUAGAAAGCAACUAGGCUCAGAGUGGUGUCUAGGCCUCAUCUGGCUAUUAUUAUCAGUGAAAAAAUUGUUGCUACUAUUUUCUAUGUGAUAAGCUAAAAAAAAAUCGUAUAGCCCAGUCGAAUAUAUCACUGCCAAACCUAUAGACAUGGCCUAUCACAUGAUACCAAUUGACAGUGUUCUUGGCUCGGGUUCACCUGAGCAGGACUCCUGUGUCUGAAAUGGUAGCUGUAUCUUUAAGGCGCUUGCCUACCCCUGUCUGCUUUGUGUAGCGAGUGUGGAGAGUCACGCCAUCAGAACAUGCUUUAAUUCUGAAAAGUAGAGGUGGAAAAGGGGUUAAGAAACGUUCACCUCUGGAGCAACAAUCGACUAGUUGGGCAAGGAUACCGUUGUUUCGUGCGUGUCGGAAAUGAAGUCCACUCAAUUUUUACUAUCCACUGCACUUCUUUUCCUUCUAUCUGGACUUUCCAUGAUUACCGCUUGCAACAAGGCUCUCUGUGCCAGUGAUGUCAGCAAGUGCCUCAUUCAGGAGCUGUGUCAGUGCAGGCCCUCUGAUGGGAACUGCUCAUGCUGUAAGGAGUGUAUGCUCUGUCUGGGCACACUGUGGGAGGAGUGCUGCGACUGUGUGGGGAUGUGUAACCCCAGGAACUACAGCGAUACUCCGGCUACCUCCAAGAGCACGGUGGAGGAACUCUACCGACCCAUCCCCUCACUGUUCCGUGCCCUCACAGAGGGCGAAGCACCUAUCAACAUGAUGGUAGUAUCCUUCCCCGUGGCUGAGGAACUAUCUUACCAUGAGAACCUGGUGUCUUUCCUGGAAACUCUGGAGGACCAGCACCAAAAUGUCUCCCUGACCGGGAACAGUAUCCACACCAGCUACGAUAACACCCAAAGUACUGAAGAUAACAUGUGCACUGUGGUGUACUUUGACGACUGCGUGUCCAUCCGCCAGUGCAAGCAAUACUGCGAGUCCAUGGGGGGCUCCAAAUACCGCUGGUUCCACAAUGCCUGCUGUGAGUGUAUCGGCCCAGAGUGCCUCGACUACGGCAGCAAAACUGUCAAGUGUAUGAACUGCCUGUUCUGAUUGAAGCUAAUAGGACUGGCGACAUUAGGGUACUGUGUUCAAACUGCCACAAGGGGGCACUAUCUGGAGUAGCAGAUGGUUAACUGAGGAAUAUGACUUUCAUAAUGCUUCAGUAUUUUUAUGAAUUAUUUUUGCUCAUUUUUAUAUUUUAUAGGUUCUUUAGCAAAUUAGAAAUAUAUCGUUUUGAAUUUUUUCUAGUUAAGAGGAGAGGUCCAUGUUUUAAAAUGUGUAAUGCAAUGGCAUUUUAUUUUUGAUGUCAUGGAAAAUCAGAGUAAAUGCUAUUUGUAUAA